AUGGUGAACAUUCCCAAAACCCGCCGGACCUACUGCAAGGGCAAGCCUUGCCAGAAGCACACCCAGCACAAGGUCACCCAGUACAAGGCUGGCAAGGCCUCUCUGUACGCCCAGGGUAAGCGCCGUUACGACCGGAAGCAGAGCGGUUACGGUGGUCAGACCAAGCCCGUCUUCCACAAGAAGGCCAAGACCACCAAGAAGGUUGUCCUCCGUCUUGAGUGCACUGCCUGCAAGGCCAAGAAGCAGCUCGCUCUGAAGCGUUGCAAGCACUUCGAGCUUGGUGGUGACAAGAAGACCAAGGGUGCUGCUCUUGUCUUCUAA